AAAUAUAAGUAAAAGCCGCUCCAAAUAUAACAAGUACAUAUAGACAAGGUUAUUUAUUAGAAUUUUUUUCACUAGCUAAUCAUAAAUUUAAGUGUCACAUUCAUGUCACUACUAUAUAUAUAGCCCAUUCAGGAAGAUGGAAGAAAAGGCUAUUUUGUAACUAAAAAACAGAGAGAGAGAAAUAAUUAAUUAAGGAGAGAUGGCUGAAGCAUCAAACAUUGGUAGCCAAAGCAGUAGAUGGUCCCUUCAAGGGUUGACAGCCCUCGUUACUGGUGGAUCCAAAGGAAUCGGGUAUGCAAUUGUGGAAGAGUUAGCAGGGCUAGGGGCCAGGGUACACACUUGUUCUAGGAACGAAGCUCAACUUAAUGAGUCCUUACAUGAAUGGAGUGCAAAGGGAUACCAUGUCACAGGUUCUGUAUGUGACAUGGCGUCUCGUCCGCAGAGAGAAGACCUCAUUGCUAAAGUCUCUGGUUUGUUUAACGGCAAACUUGACAUCCUUGUGAACAAUGUUGGAACCAAUUUUCAAAAGGAGACCACUGAGGUCACAGAGGAAGACUUCAGAUUCCUUGUGAGCACGAAUCUUGAAUCUGCUUUCCACAUAAGCCAGCUUGCUUAUCCACUCCUCAAAUCAUCACAGGCUGCAAGCAUAGUCUUCAUAUCCUCCAUUGCAGGCGUGGUCUCACUAGACAUGAAAGGAACCAUAUACAGUGCAGCAAAAGGAGCAAUCAACCAACUGACAAGGAAUUUGGCAUGUGAAUGGGCAAAACAUAACAUAAGGACUAAUUGCAUUGCGCCGGGGCCAAUCAAAACCAGUCUGGCUGAAAGGGUAUUAAACUUAGACGGAGAGACAAAACUGUUGGAUGCUUUUGUUUCGCGAACUCCUCUUGGACGGAUGGGAGAGGCAGGGGAGGUGUCUUCCAUUGUAGCAUUUCUUUGCAUGCCUGCGGCUUCUUACAUAACUGGACAGACCAUUUGUGUCGAUGGCGGCUUAACUGUCAACGGUGUCUAAAUAACUUUGGCUUCUAAAAUGCACCUCCUAUUACUUUGUAUGAUUUAGUUGUUCGAAAAUAAGGAUCUAUCAUCAUAGAACCAUAGGCUGAAUUUGUAAUAAUCACAAAGAAAGUUUGCAUUAAUAAUAUUAUGUAUGUGAUGAUUGUAGUGUUCAAAUAUAUCCUUGUAAUGUGUUAGAAAACAUAAUUUGAUCAUCCA